UAAAUUCUUCUGUACAUAAGCCUGAAGGCACAAUUCCUAGAGGCAGAGUAAGACUCCAGCUUGGAAAGUAGCUGAAGCACAGCGGAAAGACGUCCCAAAAAUCAGCAUUGGGAGGAACACUAUGUUUACACACAACAAAUUGAAGAUUUUCGUAAUGCUUCUGGCACUGGCCACUUACACAGCCAUGGUGGUGCUCAAUGCUGGAGCUGGAUCAGGGGCAUUCAAAGGUGUAUUCCUAAAUACUGUUGGAAACAUCUCAAACAAGUACAACACUGACUUCACACCAGCUGGCUGGGCCUUCCUCAUCUGGAAUGUCAUCUAUGUCUGGCAGUUUGCUUGGCUGGGUUAUGCACUGUCAGGAAUCUGCAGAAGGAAUGAACUCGGAUGGGUCUACACAGAGCCAGAUUUACUGCCAAUAUCUUUCUAUCUGGUGUGGAUACUGAACAACGCCAUUAAUGUUGGAUGGCUAUUCCUGUGGGACCGAGAGUAUCUCAUUCCAGCCCUGGUUCUCCUGGCAGUCCUCCCUUUUACCUGUUAUGUUGGUCUCUUCAUUUCACACCGAUCCUUGCAUAUCCAUGCCGUUUGGUUCCUAAAGUCUCACAAAGCAGAGCUGUGGCUCAUCCGAAUUCUGGUGCAAAACGGGAUUGCACUAUACGCGACAUGGACCACAAUUGCCACUCUGCUGAAUUUUGCCGUGGUGCUGAUCUUCAAUGGGAACAUAUCUAAUAAGAUUGCAACUGCAACCUCUCUGGCCAUCCUUACCUUUGAACUAGUAAUAUGGUUUUCUCUGGAAAACUUUGUGCUUGACAAGUAUGUGCGGUAUAAUCUCACUGUCUACCCAGUGGUCAUUGUAGCACUGACCGGCAUUGUGUGGAAGAACUACUCCCUUUCAUCUCCAACUGACAACAGUGUGUUUACAGUUGUGUUGCUGGCGGUGGCUUGUGUUACCUUUGCUGUUCGGCUGGGAAUAGUCAUAUGGAGACAUUGUAAAAGGCCUCUCCACCGAUCAGAUUCUCCAGCCAUGACACUGUGAAGUAUAUUUCCAAAGUGAAGACCUUAAGGGGGAGAUUUUCAAAGCCAUGAAUGGGAAUCUGGCACCCAACACCCACUCCCCUGGUGCCUUGACAAUCUCUGAAAUGUGGAACCGUGAACAACACAAAGAGGGUAGUAAGGCGGUUACAGUGAUUUCGUAUAAGCGUUCAGGGUCUCUCUCUUUUUCAGGAUCUCUCUCUCCUUCCACUCUGAUCGAUUACACUUACCCUACCACCUUUAAUUUGACCACUAUGUGUUUUAUUAAAUGGUGUUUUCAGUUUACACCAGAGGAGUAGAUGAACAGAUCCCUCUGACAAAGCCUAAUGCACUUCUGGAUAAAUGGACAGUAGCACUCAGGUAUGCCCAGCCUGAGGCAGGCCCGUGAACACAGUUGCCACACUUGCACUUUUGCACAGAGACGUUACCUUUUUCGGUUUAAAAAAUGAUUGUAAAUAAGCAACCCCUCUAUGGUGACUGAAAUGCAUAAACCAAUGGCUCUCUUUCUUCACUGGCCCAGACGUUUGGCCUGGUUUUUGUCAGUGCUGAGCCGCUGCAAGUCCCAUUGAAGUCAGUGGGUGCUCAGCACCUCUAAAAAUCAGGCCACUGCGCCCCUUUCAAGCUCUCCCCAACAUGGCAAGAACAAAACUGCAGUAGUGCUAUAUUUUUAUUUUUGCAGCAUCUGUUUUAACAUUCUGCAUCAAGUGUGUUGGAGUGGUUACAAUUACUGGUUAAUUAUUGUUACUCACACCUUCUUGUCAACUGUUGGAAAUGGGCC